AUGGCAUUAGACAGCUCCUGGUCCAUCUCUGAUUCCUUCGCUCGACUCGUCCUCUAUCUCCUCAUCUUCCUCCUCAUCUUCGGCUACAUCACGUCAACCCAAGCAACCCAUGGCAACAUCCCCGGUCCCGUCCUCGCAGGUUUCACAGACCUCUGGCGCUUCUUCGUCGUCCGCUCACGAAAAUCUCAUGAGACUUACCUCGCUCUGCAUAAGAAGCACGGCGAUCUGGUUCGCAUCGGACCCAACUGUAUCAGUAUCUGCAAACCGGACCUCAUCCCGGCCAUUUAUGGCAUCGGAAAGGGCUAUGUAAAGUCCAGCUUCUACGAAGUAUGGCAGAACGUUGUCAACGGGAAGCGGGUGGCGAGUAUGGUGUUCACGACGGACGAAGCCCAGCACGCGGCGAUGAAGAAACCCAUUGCGGCGGCUUACUCGUUGUCGACGUUGAAGGAGUUUGAGCCGUUGAUCGACUCCACGACUGCGGUUUUUCUACAUCGACUGGACGAACUCUUCGCUGGGACCGGCAAGACUUGUGAUCUCGGCACGUGGCUGCAAUGGUACGCCUUCGAUGUGAUUGGCGAAUUGACCUUUUCUAAACGACUGGGCUUCCUGGAAAAGGGCGAAGACGUAGAAAGCAUCUGCCACUCCGUCGGCGCGAACUUCGACCGCUGUUCCGUCCUUGGCCAGAUGCCGUGGCUCGACCUCCUCACCUACAAGAACCCCAUCUACCUCAAAUACUUCGCCAAACCCGUCUCCAACCCCGUAAUAGGCUUUGGCCAACGGCGACUCGAAGAACGACUCAACGAGACCGAGACCGCCGCACCGGCUAUCACCAUCUCCGACCCAGCACUGCGCGAAAAUGUCCUCCACGGCACUCUCCCCAGCAAGCCCGACUUCCUCUCCCGCUUCCUCACCGUCCGCGCCGAAGAACCAGAUACCGUCACCGACUCCCGCCUGCUCGCGUACUUAUUCAUGAACAUCAACGCCGGCAGCGACACCAUCGCCUCCGUGCUGCGAGCAGUGUUCUACUAUCUCCUCAAACACCCCUCCACUCUCGCCAUCCUCACAACAGAACUCCUCGACGCCGAGAAAGCCGGCACCCUAACUACCCCCCUCCCGACCUGGACCGAAUGCCAAUCCCUCCCCUACCUCACCGCCGUAAUCAAAGAGUCCCUCCGCCUCAACCCCGCCCUCGCACUCCCGCUCGAACGUAUAGUUCCCCAUGGUCCCGGGUUACGGAUUGGGUUCCACGACUUCCCACCCGGCACUAUCGUUGGGAUAAAUCCCUGGGUGCUCCAUCGCGACCCUCGGAUCUUCGGAAAUGACGCUGAGGCCUGGCGGCCGGAGAGGUGGUUAGAGGCGGAUGAGGAAGGGGUGAAGUACAUGGAGCACCAUUUACUCACCUUUGGAGCGGGAAAGCGGACGUGUUUGGGAAGGAAUAUUGCGAUGAUGGAGCUGACGAAGUUGGUUCCUGCUUUGGUUCUGCGGUACGAGAUGAGGCUGGCGGAGCCGGAGAAGGACUGGCGGAUACUCAACUCGUGGGUGGUGAAGCAGGAAGGACUGAAUGUGCUGCUUGAGCGGCGGAAAUAA